UGACUGUAAACACUUGUAACGAUGUUACGUGUGAACGAACAUUAUGAACAUGAUACUUUUCAAAGUGCAUUGUGCAAUUGAGUUUAUUUCAGCUUCUGGAUCACUGUGGGAAAGCAAAGGGAAGGCUUCGCCUAAAGUUGACAACUGUGUAAGUAGGUCCGGAGGGUAAUGAAAUUCAACACAAUGGACAGGAAACACUUGCUAAGUGUUGCUGUCUGCCUCCUUGGCUUGUCAACUAUUUCGCUGGCACAAAGUUGGACUUUGCCACCAAAGAUAACCAGGCAAUCCCCCUCCUACUUUGUGGUCUUACCAAAGCAGCCUGUGUCGAUUGAAUGUGAGGCGACAGGGAUUCCAGCCCCUGAGUACCGUUGGCAAAAAGAUGGUGUGGAUUUGUGGCUAUCGGGCUUGUACUCUAUGGACGGAGGCAACCUGAUGGUACGACGGCCAAGCGAGCUAACCAAUGGGAUUUAUAGGUGCUUUGCCUCAAAUAUGUACGGCGUGGCUUUGUCAGAAAAGAUCAACUUCGUAAUUGCUUUUGCUGAUGGAUUUAAAGAUAGCGAGUCAACCACCUUCACCUUUGAUGAGGGCCAGUCGGCCGCCAUCCCCUGCAACCAGAGAGAGAGCGUGCCGGCGCCUUCAGUCUUCUGGACAGACGACGCCAACCCAGGCAACAGGAUCCCCCUUGACAACCGCAUCAGCAUCGACCCCAACUUCAACCUGCGCUUCUCCAACAUUAGGGUGUCAGACAGGGGCAACUACCAGUGUAACGUCAAGAAUGACAAUCUGCGCGUCCAGCUUCUCUCUCCCAUCAAGGAGAUCGUGGUCAGAGCAGUAUGGAAUAUUGAAGGCAGGCCUCCUUCUUUUGUCUACACUCCCCCGUCAUCGGUGGAUGCCUUCCGAACACAAAAUCUUCGCCUGAGAUGCAUCGCUGAAGGAUAUCCGACGCCAACCAUCACCUGGAACAAGGAAGGUGAGACAUUGCCGGAGGAUCGUACGUCGUACGAGAGCUACGGCCAGGAACUGGUCAUCAGUGAUGUGGUCCAAACAGACGUUGGCUCCUACAAGUGUACGGCUGAGAACGGAGCUGGAACACCCACCUCCUUCACAACAACUGUCACUGUACAGUCUACUCCCUAUUGGCAGAAUAAACCGGAGGACACUUACGCUGGGAUCAACGAUCGGGCAGUGCUGGAGUGCGAAGCGGAAGGCAUCCCGGUUCCCAUGAUAACAUGGCUGGUGAAUGGUGUUUCCUCAGUAGAAGCGGAGCCAAAUCCUCGUCGCACCAUCACGGAGGGUCUCGGAGGAGGCAGGGUGGAGAUUAGAGAUGCCAUCACUGAGGACAGCGCUUUGUUCAUGUGUGUGGCCACCAACGAACAUGGCGAGAUAUUUGCCAGCAGCUUCCUCCUUGUCGGAUUAGUGAGACCUGUCGAAAUAAUCGAUGCUCCAAAACGAAAUGAGAUCACCAUCGAAGGGAAAGGAUUUGAACUGACAUGUGCCGGUCAGGGCUCACCGAAGCCAGUCAUCACCUGGACGUUUCAAAAUAAUCCGAUCAGUGACACUGACCCAAAGUACAGCAUCGUGGAAGACGGCAACACUGCGAGCACCACAAGCACUCUAACGGUGUCUGGGGUGAGCAUUGCUGAUGGCGGUGACUACAAUUGCGUCAUUGAAAACGGCUUUGGAGCACUGAUAGCCACAUCAACGGUGACGGUUCUAAGAAGCACAGCGAUCAUCGUGGGACCUGGGGAUGAAGUGUUCGUAGAGGAAGGCCACGAGGCGGUGAUCGUGUGUGAGGUAGAUUAUGACAAAACGCCAGAGCCAACGGUCACCUGGUACCGCGACAUCGGGGCCGGUCAGGAGCAACUGGACCUGAGCCUCCCCGGUGGCCGCUUCCGACGCGCUAGGACCGGCUCGGACAGCCUGAAAGUGCUGAACACCGUAGUGGAGGACACAGGGACGUAUGAAUGCCGGGCAGUCACGUCUGAGAGUGAGGAUUCAGUGUCCACCCGGCUGGUGGUCGUUCAGACUCUGCCCAGCGCCCCAUCUGCUCCAAUUGUGACACAGCGGUCUGAUGUCUCCGACACCAUGGUGGCCCUGUCAUGGACCAGCGGUGGUGAUGGUACUGCCCCCAUCACGGAGUAUAUCAUCUCCUAUGAGACCAACUGGCCUGACCUGGGCUGGCAAGUGAUUGACACCGUCCCGGCCACCUCCACCCAGGCUUCCCUGGACCUCUCCCCCUGGGUCACCUAUCGGUUUCGCGUAGUGGCCGUCAACGACAUUGGGCAGUCGUCGCCAAGCCCGCUGUCGGAGGAUUACACCACCAGUCCCAGUAUCUUGACAAAAAACCCAGAGGAAGUGAGACUUGAAGCCACCGAGCCCGGCAAGAUACGAUUGGCGUGGCAGGAGGUUCAUCCAUACGACCAAAAUGGGACCGGAUUUAAGUACGUUGCUAGAUGGUGGGAAUCAGGCAGUGAAAGGCUGUUCUAUAAGGUAGAAAUCAAUGGCUACUGGAUAACCAGCUAUGAGAUUGACUUUGGGGAAGUGUACAAGGAGCUGGAGGUGCAACUGUGGUACAAGAACGAUCAAGGAGUAGGGCCACGCCUGGAGAAGUCGGGUUUCACGGGUGAAGGAAUUCCCGCCCACCCGCCUCAGAAUGUCCAGGUGACAGCUGACGGCCCGACCGCAGUCAUCAUCACCUGGGAUGAAGUGCCGGCCUCUUCUGUUAAUGGCCGACUGCGAAAGUUUUUGGUGUACAAUAACUCGGCUAUGGCUGAGACCAAACGCCAAUGGCCCGCUGAGUGCCUGCCUUACACUGACUGCCGAGUGGGAAGCCUCUCUCCUGGCCUUGCCUACCAGUUCCAAGUAGCCAUACUAAACGGCCGGUACCUGGGCCCCAAGUCGGAUCCUGUGACAUUCCAGAUGCCUUGAGAUCAGAACUGACGGAUGGGAGUGGUAUCAUGCACCACGAAGGAUCGAAAGUGGGGAAAAAUAUAAAAAUGAUUUUGCUUUUUGUUUCUUUGGACUUCCGUUUCAAAUGCUACAAAUCGAUGCAUUACGCUGAAAAGGUAUAGACACAAAGUUUAAGGUUAAUAAAGUUGUUUUUACGCUAACGAUGCUCCAAAAAGACGAUUGGAACUUCACAUCUAAAAGAAGUUUGAAACUCUAAAGGCACGCCAAAAUGAUGGCUUAGUGUCUUUCAAAGAUUCCCCCAAAGUAAUUGCCCGUUCCGUAUUACUUGGUACCCAAGACCACAUUGGCUAAGUAAGAGGACGGUUUCCUUCUUACUAUGCUUUGUUGGGCAGAAAUUAGUAGAAACUAGCAAGUAAUUCCACUGUGUCACAAGUCAAAUCUGUCAGCAUUCAAAGUCAAAGGCCCUUUCAGUUUUUGAGAACUCUGCUUUAAGUUGCUUCUUGUUUUACUUUGUUGAUAAUGAACUUCUCAUUAAGACCAUGCGGCAGGUUGUUUUGUCUGUCAUGAAUAGAUUUCUUUUUGUUUCAGAUGAAAAUGCACAUUUGAUAUUCCUGCUCCAUUUUUUGAUUUGAAUACAUGUAAUUUUUUACAUCAUUUACAUAAAUUAGGUAAGAUUUCCUCAAAUUACGUUUCAUACAAUAGCAGGAUUUUUUCCUCGUUCCUGUUAGAAACAUUUUAAUGUCCCUUAAAAGAGAUUCAAAUAAAUAACUGCACACUCAUUUUUUGUUUUCCUUUAAAUUUGUAUUGAAAGGGGCCUCUCUGGUAUACUUUCCUUAGGAAAUCAACUUUAAAUUAAUUCAGGAAAAUACAAAUCUGAAAACAUCUAUCGUGGGGAUGAAUUUAAUCAGAAGCCUGCUUAACUAAACCAUUUCUUAUUUGAUUAAUUGAAUUCUUCAUCAGCUGUUUUUCUGAGAGCUCCUCACGAUGUUAGAUGAACGAAAGGACUUAUGAUAAGUUUAAAGAUCGUUUUGAUGUUGGAGUUUUUAUAAAAUUCUUGUUUAGAUUUUAACAGCGUCGUAGUAAAGUGACUCAGCGUUUAUUAUGCCUUUGGCUAGAAAAUCUGUAAUAAAAUGUAGAUGAAACGUAAAGGAA